AUGGCACAUGUUUCAAAUGCAGAUUCGCCCAUAACGGCUCGCAUCGAGGACGGCAUCGUGUAUUCACCGCUCCCGUCUUUCGAUAUACCCAAGUGUUCCUUCUACGCAAUGACAAGGGAGCUAGUAAAGAAUGCUCCUGAAAAGGUGAUGCUGGUUGACGAUUCACACGCUUUUACACGGGCCGAAUGCUUAACUCAAAUGCAGCGCUACGCUGCAGGGUUCCAAGCCCACGGCAUCCAACCAGGCGAUCACCUGUGUGUGUACUUAGAAAAUAGCAUCGAGAACUACUUCGCCACGUUCGGGUGUGUUUUCGCCGGAGCAGUGAUCGUCUUGGCGAAGACCUCUCUAACGGAAAGGGAACUCCAGUACCAAGUAAAGGAGGCCGACGUUGUGCACAUUUUGACAGAACAAAAGUUCGUCCAGAAAGUUAAGAAUGUGGAUGCCGUGACCCCAUUCAAGGGUCUCUUCGUGAUAGGAGAUGCCGCGGGAUUCGUCUCCACCUCUACCUUUUCCCAAUGGAAGGAAUCCGAGUUCCGAGAGAUUCCCGUACCGGACCCGGAGCGCACCCUGAUGGCCCUGGCAUACACGUCGGGCACCACGGGACUUCCCAAGCCCGUCGAAAUCACGCACUACAACUUCGUAGCUUCAUUUUAUACAACCGCGAAAUGCGGCACUAGAACCGACGGAGAUGUCACGCUGGCAUGGAACCAACUGGCUCACGUCUCAGGGCUAUGGAGUAUCCUCACAGCUUUGGCUGGAGCAGUCUGCGUAGUUGUCCCUCAUACCUUAGGGAUGGACCGGUACGCCGAUAUGAUCGACAAAUUCAAGGUAACUCUUCUUCAUGGCUUUCCAGGGCGUCUUGAGAAAUUGGUGCAUUACGUUCACUCCACGGGUAGAAGACUCAACACUGUGCAGGAUGUCGGCGUCGGGGGCGGCGCGCUCUCAAAGCAGCUCGCGGAACUAACCAUGAGCGUUUUUGAAAACCUUCGAAGUCUGAGGUUGUUCUACGGAAUGACAGAAUCAAACGGCUUUCUCUGUGCCCCGCCGAAGGAUGUCGUCUCUUACACUGACAUCGGGUAUCCUGUUCUCAUGAGCGAAAUCAAGGUCGUAAACGUGACCACUGGUAAAUCACUGGGACCGAAUGAGCCUGGCGAGCUCUGCUACCGAUCACCCGCGGCAUCUCGAGGCUAUUACAAGCGUCCUCUGGAGACUGCCCAGUUCAGAGACAGCGAGGGAUGGUGUCGGUCGGGCGAUUUGGCCUACCACGAUACAGAUGGCCGAGUUCACUUCGUGGAAAGAAUCAAAGAAAUGAUCAAGUGCCUGGAUCAGCAGGUAGUUCCGACAGAACUCGAAGAAUUGCUGCUCGCCAAACACGGCGGUAUCGCGGAGGUGGCUGUGCUGGGUGUGCCCCACCCGGUCUACGGAGAAGCACCGGCCGCCAUUGUCGUGCCCAAGGAGGAUAUCAAGAACGUUGCUGGAGCAAUGGAAAGAGAAAUCAAGGAUAUCGUUGCGGGAACCUGUGCUGAGUACAAGCAUCUCUACGGAGGCGUCUUCUUCGUGGAAGCUCUUCCGAAAACGGAGAGUGGAAAGAUACAGAGGAAAGCACUCUUCGAUACUUGGGCCAAGUGUACCCGGCUGCCUUUAUAACGAACAAAUGAACAACCCUCUGCAUCAUGCAGUUUUCUUCAGCCAGC